GGAGCACAGAUUGGAAAGAGGCAGUUGUUUCAGGAUAAACACAGGGGGGAAGUGUGGGGUUAGGUGGAGCUUUCCUGGCUGCACAGGCUAUUCAGGGACAGGUUGGACUGGUUUCUGCCUCCACAAUACCCACGUCUCCCUCAUUCUCAAUCAUUUAUACCGGCAGAGAGGGAAGAAGAAGAAGAAGAAGUGAACCAGAUAGAGAGGCUGUGAACAGAACAGAGUACAUUUCAGCAUUUCAGGCCCCGAAAGGAAUUUCAACAUGCCUGAGGAGGAUGGAGAAUUUUACGGAAAGAAUGGCGAGCCGAGGAAGUAUGAUCCAGCCUUCAAGGGUCCAAUCCAGAACAGGGGCUGCACAGACAUUGUGUGCUGCAUCCUCUUCAUUGUUGCUGUACUGGGUUAUAUUGCAGUGGGAAUACUUGCCUGGUCCCAGGGCGAUCCCAGGAAGGUGAUCUAUCCCACAGACAGUCGGGGGCAGUUCUGCGGGCAGGCUGGCACGCCGCUAGAAAAGAAGCCGUUUCUGUUCUACUUCAACAUCAUGAAGUGUGCCAGCCCCAUGGUGCUGCUGGAGUUCCAGUGUCCGACCACACAGAUGUGUGUGGACAAGUGCCCUGAGAAGUUCAUGACAUUAGUCAAAGCCUACAGCAACAGCAAAGACUUUGAGUACUACAAAAACUUCUGCAAGGAAGGUGUGACGACUUCACUGGGUAUCCCACAGAUCCUCAGUCAAGGCCUCUGUCCUGCCAUGCUGACGCCCAGCAAGCCCUUCACCCGUAGGUGCUUCCCAGCUUUAGGCCAGAAAGGAGGGGUGAUAACUGUGGGGAACAACUCCCACUUCGAUGACGGAACGGGAACCAUGAGAGACGCCAAAGACCUUGUGGACGGAGUAAAGAAUGCCACUGUGGUUAUUGAGGCUCGUCAGGUGGUGAUGAAGAUCUUUGAGGAUUACACGCAGUCCUGGUACUGGAUCCUCCUAGGGCUGGUCAUCGCCAUGCUCACCAGCCUGCUCUUCAUCGUCCUCCUGCGCUUCCUGGCAGGGAUCAUGGUCUGGGUCAUGAUCGCCAUGGUGAUACUGGUGAUAGGAUAUGGUAUCUUCCACUGCUACAUGGAGUACGCUGCUCUGAAGGGAGAGCCGGGCGCUAACGUGACUCUGCAGGAGCUGGGCUUCCAGACAGAUUUCACCGUGUACCUGCAGAUCAGACAGACCUGGCUGGCCUUCAUGAUCAUCUUGGCCAUUGUGGAGGUCAUCAUCAUCCUGCUGCUCAUCUUCCUCAGGAAGAGACUCCUCAUCGCCAUCGCUCUCAUCAAAGAAGCGAGCAGAGCCAUCGGGCAUGUGAUGUGUUCCCUCUUCUACCCGCUGUUCACCUUCGUCCUCCUGGCCAUGGUCAUCGCCUACUGGGCCGUUACUGCUGUUUUCUUGUCUACCUCCAACGAGCCCGUCUACAAGGUUUUCAACGAGACCGAGUGCGAACACUCGAGAAAAACGUGCGACCCGGCCAACUACACGACGAGUCCUGAGAAAGCUCAGUGUCCUGAGUCAGAGUGCCUUUUUGCCUUCUACGGCGGCGAGACCAUUUACCACAAGUACCUGAUCGGCCUCCAGUUCUACAACGUCUUCCUCUUCUUCUGGUGCGCCAACUUCGUCACGGCUCUGGGACAGAUGACCUUAGCCGGGGCCUUCUCCUCUUACUACUGGGCCUUCGUCAAGCCGGAUGACAUGCCCGCCUGGCCGGUGUUUUCCUCCCUGGGGAGAGCUCUCAGGUAUCACACAGGGACUCUGGCGUUCGGCUCCCUCAUCCUCUCCAUCAUUCAGAUCAUCAGGGUUUUGCUGGAGUAUCUGGACCACAAGCUGAAAGGAGCCCAGAACAAGUUUGCAAAGUUCCUGCUGUGCUGUCUGAAGUGCUGCUUCUGGUGUCUGGAGAAAUGCAUCAAGUUCCUGAACAGAAACGCCUACAUCAUGGUGGCGAUUUAUGGCAAAAACUUCUGCGCCUCAGCCAGAGAUGCCUUCUUACUCCUCAUGAGGAACUUGCUCAGAGUUGCUGUCUUGGAUAAAGUGACAGAUUUCCUCUUGUUCUUGGGCAAACUGCUCAUCGUCGGGCUUGUGGGNAUCUUUGCCUUCUUCUUCUUCUCUGGGAGAGUGAAGGCCUUUGAGGAUACAGCUCCCCACCUCCACUACUACUGGGUGCCCAUCCUGACUUUAGUUGUCGGCUCGUACCUCAUCGCCCACGGAUUCUUCAGCGUCUACGCCAUGUGUGUGGACACGCUGUUCCUCUGCUUCUUGGAGGAUCUUGAGAGGAACGAUGGGAGCGCAGAGAGGCCCUACCUGAUGCCUGAGAGCCUCCGCAAAGUCCUCAAUAAGAAGAACAAGACGGAGGCGGCUGACUAGAGCGUUCCUCUGAACCCCGCUGAGGCCAGACUGUGGGUUCAAAUUGACUUUUUUUUUUAAAUUGAGUGAAAACUCAGCUCGGACAGGAAUCUAACGCCAUCAGUCACCAGGAGCCAACUUCAGUCCGUCGUGUCGUCUCGGAGCAGUUCCACAUUCCCUCGUCCUGUUUUCUGAAUGAGGUUUUCCACUGUGUCUGGUGCUGGAUUGUGGAUUUUUAAAGAUUCAUUUUUAUUGUGAAGUCAGCAAACAUCCAAACCCGUCUGUUGUAAAUGUUUUUAAAUCAAAGGAACAGUUAAAUUUGAGCAUGUUUGUUUGUUUGUUUUUUAAAUAUUUGAGUGUUACAUGAAGGUACACAAGACAGUAAUCUAUGAAAGUUGUUUAAUAUGUUUUGUUUUUUUUCUUCGUUUCAAAUAAUCUUGUGUUAUAUCUCAACACGUAUUUAACCGCAUUGUUACCAAAGCCAUUACAGCCGGUCAGGCAUCGUUUUAUAGACUCUCGUGUAAAGCAUCUGAUGCUCUUCUGCACCUUUUUAUCAGCAAGCAUAAAUAUAAAUAGGAACUAAAGUUACAAAAACAAACGGCGGAGUUGAUGUGUAGGAUUCUAUUUGGGUGUUUGUGUCAUAUUUGUGGAGCUGAAUUGUUUUCGAUUAAAACAUAGUUUUCUAAAUAAA